CUGAGGAACACUCGCGCGCACGGCUAAUAAUGCCAGUCUGUGUUUCACACUCAAGAGAAAAGAGAACAACUUGACUAGUUAGUCUGGAUAUAAAGAUAAACUAACUAUUAGAAAAGCUUCCCCUGGAUGUGAUUUCAGACAUUAAAAGGUGUACCAAACUGAAAGACAUGAAGACGGAUAAAGACUGUGAAGACAUGAGGGGAGUGACUGUCAACCGCUUUGCUGAAGAAGCUCCCCCCUCAGGGAUGGCUAAGAAUGGAUACUUCUAUCAAGAGAUGGAGCAGAGGGAGAGAGAAGAACAUGAGGAGGGGAGCGAGGAGCUAGAGGAGGGCCAGGACUCUCCCAUCCCAUCAGGAGAUGACAUUCAUCUCUACGGCAACCAGACACACCAAGGAGGGACAGAAUCUGAUGUCCACGGCUGUGUGCUGCUGAACACGUCUCGAAGGUACGUGAAGCUGAUGAACUUCGAGGAGGAAGUGCGAGCUCACAGGGAUCUGGACGGGUUUCUGGAGAGGGCCAGUAUUCUGCUGCAUGAGGACGAGGCCUCUCUAGACGAUGUGUUAAAGACAAUGCUCCUCCACGUCUCACAGGACCCUCACACCGCUGAGCCCAGCUGCAACUUCGAGGAGAUCAUGAGCUCCCUCUUCACAGAUGCAGGGUCACAGGAAGUCAGUGACAGGUCGUCGAAUUUCAUUUUCUAUGACAACGUGCAUCUAUUGUCAGAGACACUGCAGUGUGUGACAGCCACAGCCACGGGGAUCCAGUACCAGCAGUCCUGGCUUUGCAUUCUCUGUAAUGUGAAGAACCUACAGAGGCGGCACGUGUGUAUCUCACGCCUGGAUCGUCCACAGAACUGGGGGGAAAACUGUGCAGAAGUCCGCUAUGUUAUCCUCAUUCUGGCACCUUCAAAGAUGAAAAGCACUAAGACAGCGAUGGAGCUGGGCAGGACUUUCGCCAGCAUGUUCUCGGACAUCUCCUUUAGACAGAAGCUGCUAGAGAGUAAAACCCAAGAGGAGUUCAAAGAGGCACUGCUAAUCCAGAGGUACCACUUGACCGCUGCCAAGUGUAAAACCACGGCUGUGGAAGGCGAAGAGACAGACCCACACAGUCAAAAACCACUGAAGUCUGCAGAAUCUGUGUUCUCUCAUCUUGUGUCUCUCUCUCUGCUGUGCAGGGGGCCUUGUUGUAGAGAUUUUUUCAGAGUGGGCAGAGGAAUCUAUGAGGAUCUGUGUCGCCGACUGCCGCUCUACCCGUCUGACUUCACUGAUGGAUUAGUGGGUAAUAACAAAGCCCUGGUCAAGUUCAUGACGACGUCUAUCUUCCUCUACAUCGCUGUGCUGCUUCCCGCCAUCGCUUUUGGCUCACUCAACGAUGAGACCACUCGGGGCGAGAUUGAUGUUCAGAAGACGAUCAUCGGGCAGAGUAUAGGUGGAAUCAUCUACUCGUUGUGUGCUGGCUCUCCUCUCGUCAUUCCACUGACCACAGCACCCAUCGCUAUUUUCAUCAGCGUGAUUAGGGGGGUCUGUGAUGAUUAUGAACUGGACUUUGCAGCAUUUUAUGCAUGUAUCGGCCUAUGGAACAGCCUCUUCCUCAUCAUGGGAGGAGUUUUCAACCUUAGCCUGCUUGUUAAGCUUUUCAAGAGGUCGAUAGAGGAGGUGAUAGCUUUGUUCAUUUCCAUUGCUUUUGUAGCAGACGCAGUUAAGGGCACCAUCAAGAUCUUUCAAGAGUACUACCAUGCUCCCACUUUGGCCAAUGGGAGUGCAGCAGAGCUGAAUCGCAUCAGUGGAAGUUUACAUUCAGGGGAACUGAACCUGACAGAGACAGGCCCCGUGUCCCUCCCAGAAUCCUUCAUUCUGUGCACACGGGCACGGCCUCUUCUCUGUCUCCUCCUCAUGCUGGGCACACUGUGGGUGGGAUACACACUGUACCAGUUCAGGAGGAGUCCGUUUCUGCAUGUGAAGAUGAGAGAGAUUCUGUCCGACUGUGCUCUGCCUAUCUCAGUGCUUGUCUUCUCUUAUGUGGGAUCAUACGUCUUCAACGACAUUGCCUUGCCGGUGUUUAACUUCAAUGAAGGUCCGGUGUUUCAAAUAGCCCCACUGGAUAAGCUGAGCGGGGCGAGUGUCCUGAGUGCAAUGGGUCUGGGCUUCCUACUGUUUCUCCUCAUCUUCAUCGACCAGAACAUCGUAGUUUCUCUCACAAAUGCACCCGAAAACAGGUUACAGAAGGGCACGGCGUAUCACUGGGACCUGACUCUGUCUGGCUUGAUUAAUAUUUUGAUGUCUGUGCUGGGCUUACCGUGGAUGCAUGCUGCGUUCCCGCACUCCACUCUGCACGUCAGACAGCUAGCCAUCGUGGAGGAACGAGUGGAGGGAGGACACCUCUACGAGACUAUAGUGAGUGUGAAGGAGACACGGGUGACCUCGCUCGUGGCUAACAUCCUGAUAGGUGUGAGCUUGUUUCUGCUGCCGGUGCCCCUGCAGUGGAUUCCUAAGCCUGUGCUCUAUGGGCUCUUCCUCUACAUCGCUCUCACCUCAAUUGACGGCAAUCAAAUGUGCGACCGCAUGGCUCUGCUACUCAAAGAACAAACGUCCUACCCCCCCGCUCACUACAUCCGCAAGGUGCCGCAGAGGAAGAUCCAUUACUUCACUUUCCUUCAGAUGGUGCAGCUGCUUUUUCUGUGUGCGUUUGGGAUGUGCCCUCUCCCGUAUAUGAAAAUGAUCUUUCCUCUGCUAAUGUUUAUCCUCAUACCCAUCAGGAACUGUCUUCUGCCCAGGAUCAUUGAGGCUAAGUACCUGGACAUUAUGGAUGCACAGCGCAUGUAAACGCAUGCACACUGAGCCUCUGAGCAAAGGAUUCUGGGAAUUGUAUUUCUAUAAUGCAAAACUCUGGGAUGAAAAACAACCUGAUUCUAGUGUUUAACAGCAGACAUUCUGACGAAGCACUGCAGUACUUAGAGAGAGAUUAGAAAAGAAGGAUAUAUGAAGACAGAACAAGAGAGGGGGAAGAUAAGAUGCCUGUUCAGAACAGAGUAUUAAGACAGACCACUGUCUGACUGUUGACCUUGGUCAGUCAAUGCUUCUCUCAUAAUCUGAAUAGUACACCAAAGCCCCCCCUUCUAUUCUGAUGUAUCCAUGCAUCACAAACACUUCAUCUUUGAGAUGUAGGAAACACAUCACACAUAUUCUGAACAACUGCGCCAUGACUAAAAUACACAAGUGUUUACUCCAUCUCUGACCAUAGUGUUCUCUACACAAAUACAGCUGGUUUUGAAAAAGAGACUGAACCGAACCUGUAGCAAUACCUCUUAAUGCUGAACAUUGAUGCGCACGCACACACACACACACACACACACACACACACACAAACCCAGUGCAAAACCUCUCAUAC